CUCAAAUUAUUUUACCCAUUUGGAUCAUAGAUGUAAAUGGCAGCUUUAAACCCAGGUCCACAUGGCUGUUGAACAUACAGAGGUAGGACUGGAGAUGAAGACAGAGACUAAAGGACUGUUCCCGACUGCUGUGUCCAAAGAGAAUCUCCGGGAGAGAUCCCUGCGAAAGAUCUUUGGGUCCAGCCAGACUUUGCGAGACCUUAAGGACCCCAGCGGAGUGAAGUCCCCAACAGCGAUUGUGCAGAACAGGAUACAGGAGCACUGUCAGAGAGGGAAGGAGUUCUUCUCCCAAGGCGAGUGGGAGAAAGUUGUCAUUUGUUAUUCCAAAGCCAUUAACCUGAACCCCCAACAGGUGGAGUUCUAUGUACAGAAGGCAGAAGCCUUUCUCCAGCUCUGUGAUUUCCAGUCUGCUGUGCUGAACCUCAGAAAGGCGUAUUCCUUGUCCUCUGCAAAGGAAGAAUAUGUAGAGCGCAUGGCCUUCAUUAUUUACCUGCAGGGCCAAUGUCUGUUUGACCAAGAGGUCUAUUGGGAUGCUUUGGAGUCCUUCACUCGAGCCUCAGAGCUGCAGCCUGACAACUCACUCUAUCGCAGGAGGAGCAUUGCCUGUCUUGCAGCCCUGAACAGAUACCAUGACUGUUUUCGGCUUGUCAAUGAAGAGCUAGAUCAAGACUCAAAGAACCCAGAUCUGUACAUCCUGAGAGCCAAGCUGCAUGAGCACUUCUGUCGGGCUACCUUGUGUUACCAGGACGUCCAGGAGGCCAUUGCGCUGGAGCCGCGGCACGAAGAAGCUCAGAUUCUAAUGCAGAGGCUUCUGAAACGAGCACAGAAAGCCAAGAACCAGGCUAUGAAUAAGGCCUUGAAGGGAAACCUGAAGGAUGCCCUGCUCAAAAUCACCUUUGCCAUAGAGAACAGCCCCUUUGAUGCAGGGUACUUCAUCUUCAGAGGGACUCUACACAGAAGGGUCAAAGACUUCAACUCAGCCAUUGAUGAUUACAUCAAGGCCACAGAGCUCUGUGAAGAAGAGGGAGCUGUGGCCAUGGAGGCGCAACGGCAGCUCCUGCUCACGUACAACGACUUUGCAGUGCACUGCUAUACUCAGGGCUUCUUCGAAGAGGCUGUGCUGCUCCUCAACAAAGCCCUGAAAGGGGAGAAGAACGAGAAGGGACUCUAUGUCAACAGAGGAGACUGCCUCUUCAGGCUGGGAGAGCUAACCUUUGCCUUGGCGGAUUAUCAGCAGGCGCUGGAAUUGAGUCCAAUGGACUUUAGUUUGCGAAGACGUGUUGGUAUGUUGCUGGAUGAACUAGGAUUGCAGGAGCACAAGCAGAGAAAAUACCAGCGGGCAGUACACUGUUUCUCUGGUGCUAUCGAGAGCAACCCUCGCCUGCCACACUAUUACCUGCACCGGGCCAAGAGCCGCCUGUUCCUGCAGGAUGAGAUGAGUGCUAAGGAGGAUGUGAUCAUAGCUCUGUUGCUGGACCCUGAAAAUGAUGCGGUCCUACCUGUUAUGACCAGCCUCUUUCCAGGACAGCCCAUCCAGGAUAUUAUUAGCAGCAAGAUUGCGGAGGUUGCCAAAACAAUCUUGGAAAGAAAACUUCAAGCCUGCCCCUACUCCAACAGUCCAGCUAAACUCAAAUGGCCACCUGGAGCUCUGGAGGGUGAACCAAAGGAACCAGGUGCUCAGCGUGAAGAUCCUGAGAGAGCCCUGCAGGAUUCAGAGAGCGUCAUCAGCCCUUGUGCCACGGAACAUGAACUGUACAAGCAGAUAGCCAGCUCCAGCAGGACAGUGAGUAAAGUAAGUGAACCUGUCUUGGAGGAGAAAAGGUGA